AUGGGUAAACCUAACCAAGCACAGUUAAAGUGGACGGACGAUUUGGACCUUGCGUUGUUACGCGAGGUUCUUCGCGUGGAGCCUUACGACGGCGAGCACGGUACGUUGAUUCAGCGAUGGAAGGAGGUAGCUGCCAGUCUCUCGUUGUACUCGAACCAAGGCAUCCCCCACCGCUCUGUCCGCGACCACUACGAGGGACUGGUAGAAGCAUUCAAGGCAACGGACAAAUCCCAGCGACAGUUGGCCGACACUCUCAAGACAGCUGUGAAGUCCAAGGAGAAGAAGCGCAAGGAGUCAUUGGAAUCUACGGCGUCGCAACUGUGUGUCGAGGCGGAGCAGCGUGUAUCAAAACGGCAACGCCCUAUGUCUGCCAAACGUGAGCAAUUUGACGCUAUGGUUGAUGAACUCCUCGAAUUCGAGAAGAAGAAACAAAUGGAUGAUCAUAGGUUUAGAAUGGGGCGUCUAGACUUUGACCGUGAAGAGCAACAGCUACGACAGGCUCAAAUGGCCGAGAAUGCACAACGCGGCGCACUGUUGGAAAAAUUAUUCGUUGACAUGGGGAUGUUAGUGAAAUCAAUUGUGAAUAAAAAGGAAUAA